AUGUCCGCGAGCAUUUCUAACACCGAUUGCGAACGAGUAGUUGCACUCCUCACUGAGGUCAGCGUCGACACCUCUGUGCCGCGAACCUGCGAAACGGACCUUGACCCCAUUCAAGAUCGGCUCUCGAAGGUUUUAGAUGCCCUCGCAAGUCUCCUGGUAUCGCGCCCAACGAAAGAAGUGAUUGCUGUCGGUCUGCAGACAGGGUCCGGUAGUAAUUUAUGCUACACUCUUACUCUCGCUUCCAAUGAGUCAGUAACUCGGACGACAGUUGCCCACUGUCGCAGAAUCAUGAAACAUCUCAAGCAGCUGGGGCUAGAAUUUUAUAAGCUGCGGAAGAAUACUUGUCAUCAAACUGCUCUUAAGGACAUGGAAGGUGAACGAGCGGAUUCCUCUGAUAUGGACGAAACAAAAUUCCCGGAAAGCCUUCGAUUGAUGGUGGAUUCCUUCAAAGCGGAUCUCUACAAAUUUUCAAUGCCAAAGUUCCGACAACGCUUAAACAAGAAAUGUGGUCUGACUACGCGUGGAGCUGCGUUCCACAGUUAUGUGACGGAAAUACCGGACAGGUGUUGUCCUAUUGUUCGCGGUCUUAAAGACAUCAACCCCAUUCUUUCCUGGUUGACAAAGAUCCUCCAACAAUUCCAUUGGGAAAUACCCGAAAAUAAACGGGAUAUUUUUUUGGAGGGAAUGGAUCGAAUUAGUGACAUCGUACGCGAGGUGUUGGAAACUAGCAAUUGGAAGGUUAAGCUUGCGAAUGUCGCUUCAGCACCUCCAUUUCCUCUCGAAAGAUUCCUGAGAAAGAUAUCUUCCAUUCCAAACGCGAUUGAGACCCUCAUAAAGUGCGCCUAUUCGCCGAGGUUAUAUCAUCGUUUUCUCUUUGGACAGGAGCUGGAAGUGAAAUCUUUGCGCAAUCAGCCUCGGAAUAUCAAGCUACCUCCUUCGAACCAGUGGAUGGAAAUAUCGAAGCAAGUUUUAGCGAAUUCCGCCACCGACCGUUCGCUGCAGGACGAGGAGAACGAGGAGAACGGCAAAGAGGCGAAUCUCCCGGGGCAUUCACUUUCUCUCAAGUUGAGUGGAAUGGACAUUGUUCGUGCCCCAGUGCACUGCGAGUGUGUCUUAGCCUUGAAAUUUCUCGGCGAAAAUCUCACUGUCCGUUCCGUCCAAUACAUUGGAGUUUCAAAGCUCUCCUGUAUUAGUUGUUGGGUGUUCCUAAAGGCGCUACGUGACAAUGGGAUUGCGUUCUACACAAAAGGUUCUCAUUCAAAGGCUUAUUUCCCAUGGAAAUUCCCUGAUCUGGAAAUGAAUUGGGCAAUGGUCCCUAAUGAAUCACAAACGCGUAUCACUAUGUCAUUUUUUAAUACUAUGUCUCAGAUUUAUGCGCAGCGCUUGCAUGAGCAGGAAAUGAUGAGAAAGUUGUCUGACAACACCACCGGGAGCGGUUCUGGAACGCGGCGUGCCUGGAGAUUCACCAUGGAAGAUUUCAGGCGCUAA